AUUCAGCUAGACUUCAUGAGGACCCUAUACAAUGUAUUGAAAAAAUCAAAUCUGACAUUUGGCGAGGACGUCCGUCCGAUUUACGAGAUUAUCAAGAGGAACGAGAGUCUGCAGAAGAUGCUGGCAGAAGAGGUGGAGAGCGAGCUGCAGAUCCUAAAUAGUCACAUAUGUGCGGGGGCUGGUGAGGUGGGCGAGGAAGACGGGGACCCCCCCCAGGACCAUAUCAUCUGCGAAAUGAAGACCGGUUCUGGGAAAUCGCUCAGUCUGUUGACGCCACUGGUUUAUUGGCUGCUCAAACACAAAUUUGAUUUCUUCCUGUUGAGGGAAGACACACAUCUGCGAAAGGAAGAACCCGAGUGGGUGAAAGAAUCCGUCACGGAGAACCUCCUGCGGAAGUUCGCGCGAGCCCAAAAGGUGCAGCAGAAGAGGAAGGAGGCAGACUUGUCGAUCCUGAACCGGUACUUCUCCAUUUCUGAUGACAAAAUAACGUUGAAGGGAAAUUUAAGAGUGGAAAAAAAACAGGUCCAAGUGGAGGCGCACAAGCCAGGGGAAGAAGACCGCUUCGACACAGAGGGGGAGGAGGAGACCCUGAGCGAUUGCUCUGUGGAGGGGCCGCCCAAGAAGCAGAAACACCAAAAUGUGAACGAGCUGAACGACUGCUGCCGGAACAGCGAUUGUAGGUAUAAGAAGAUAUUUAAGGAAAACAUGCUGCAGAGGAGGCAAAGAAGGGAAAGGAAAAAGAACAAAAUCUUUUACGACUCCUCGUCAUCCAGUGGAGGCAGCAGUGGAGGAGAGGCAGAUGAGAGGCAUGAGAAGCAAGAGAGUCGUGAGAAGCGUGAGAGGCGUGAGAAGCACGUGAACCCCGUGAACCCCGUGUUGGACAAUUACAGCCUAGUGACCAAACUGAUGAACUGCAAAAAUUUAAAAAUAAAUCAGGUGAAGGAUAUAUGCAUGAGUGAACAGAUAGAGGUCUGUCCUUACUACCUGAGCAGGGAGAACCUAAAGAAUGCAGACAUAGUGCUCCUACCCUACGUGUGUAUUCUGAAUGAACAUGUGAGGAGGGGCUUAAAAAUUUCAAUUAGAAAUAACGUAGUGAUUUUUGAUGAGGCACAGAAUAUCAUAGACAGUAUCAAUGAUUCCAAUUCAGCAUCCAUUGGUUAUGGGGACAUCUUUUUUUGUAAAUUAAUUUUACGAGAGUAUGCUAAGAAGUAUGAGCAGGUUCUAAACAAUAGCAACUUGGUUUCGAUUAAGCAGGUCGUUAUUUAUUGCGAUCUGCUGCUGUCCUCCUUCAGAGACGUUAAAGAGAGUCUCGUAAAAGUCACAAGCUAUAUUUUUACAUCUAAGUUAGAUGCACUGAAUCUGAAUCAUAUUUCUAACGUUCUUAGUAACUCCACUUUUUGUAGACGAAUUAAAAUUUUUGCAGAAUCCUACCUGAGGAAGAACUUCCCCCAACAUGUUAGAAGCCACUCAGGAGGAGUCAACACUUCUGCCAUUUAUCUGCUCAGCGACUACACCAAUAAAAUGAUUAGGUCCAAUCGGUACGACUAUGUGUUUCUACACAGGGGAGGCGGAACGGAAGAGGAAGGACUGCCUAGCCGAGUAGCUGUACCUCCAAAGGGGGGGGGACCCAAUAAGCGGAUUGGUUUCUCCGCGGAAGGGGCGACACACGUGGAAGGGGUCAAACGAGUGAAGAAGGGUGACUCUGGGAAGAUGAAGCAAUGCACAGGGGAGAAGCAGCAAUGCACAGCAAAGCAGCAAUGUACAGCGGAGAAGCAGCAAUAUACAGCAAAUCACCAAUGUGCACGACUGACGCCGCAACGUGCAGCGGAUGACCCUCACAAGAGCGACGAUUCGAGAGCGUGCAGGGAUGGCCACGCCGAUGAAACGAUGAGCACCUCGAUGGAAGACCUAAUCACGCGCAGGAACCCAAAAAUGCUACACAAAAUAGAAAUAGUCAGUGUGAGCUCAUGCAGCAACUUUGAAAAAAUUACGAACGAUUGCAGCAACGUCAUUCUAAUUGGAGGAACUCUGCAACCGAUAGAGGAGUUCCUCCUACUCUUCAUGAGUCUCAAUAGAAAGGAGAAAAACAAAUCUGCAAAGCUAUUUCUAUCGGAUUACAUUUUCAAGAAGAGUAACGUGUUCUGUAGAAUAGUCAGCACGAACCUACUGACUUACGAACCCAUUGAUAAUACUUUCAAAAUGAGAAAUAAAAAGACACAUCUACUUAACUUAGCCAUUCAGAUUCACCUCCUCACUCUGACGUACGAGCUCAAGUUUGCCAUGAAGAUAGUGAAUCAGUGUAUAGGAAGAAGCCUGCGCCAUGUAGAUGACUACUCCUCCUUCUUCUUCCUGGACUAUCGAUUCGCCAAUAAAGAAUUUUUGGACCUGCUCCCUUCGUUCAUCGGAACUCACUUGGCUGCUAGCAAGGGUGAUUCGUCCCUGCAGGACCAACAGGGAGGUACCUUCUUGGAGGAGAAAACAAAAUUGACAGAAAUUUUCGAUGACUUGAAGCGCAACUACAGCAGGGCCUUUCCCGAUAUCCCCUUUGCGGAGCACAACGAGAGUCAUUGGGGCAGCUUCGCGCGGGACGUGUUCCUUCUGCGCAAGUUUCACGCGGGCAGGUGCGCCGCUGGGU